UGUGUUCGCUUCGGGGGGGAGCACAUCCCCAACAGCCCCUUCCAGGUCAUGGCCACGGACCGGCCGCUGCUGGGGGUCAAUGGGCUGGACAUGGCCGGGCUGCGGCCCUUCGACCUCGUCAUCCCCUUCACCAUCAAGAAGGGAGAGAUCACAGGUGAGGUGCGGAUGCCCUCGGGCAAAGUGGCCUCUCCGGACAUCACGGACAACAAGGACGGGACGGUGACGGUGCGCUUCGCGCCCAGCGAGGCGGGGCUGCACGAGAUGGACAUCCGCUGUGACUCCAUCCCCAUCCCUG